GACGCAUUGUUGCAGUUCACACUCUGUACAGCCGAGACUACCGCACUUCCCGCAAGACGCGCAGAGAGAGAGUGAAAGAGAGAGAGGGGGGGAAGAGGAGGGGACAGGAAUCAAAGACAGACAGACGUUCAAUUAAUCACGACUGCACUUUUUUGUCGUCUUAGUUUCUAAAUUGCGGGAAUUUUUUGUAGGCAGUUUCCAGAAGAGGCGAGUAUACGCAGCCAACCAAUCAGCGUCUCCGUCAGCAUCCCGGAGCAGCUCUAAAUAACUCAGCAUCACUUUGAUGAGCUGGAUGCAGCCCUGCAGGAAUCUGAGCAUCCGUGGAUUUCUCUUGAAUGGAUUAUAACUCGGAAGAGCUUUUCUCUCGAGCUCGCAUUGCCCCGCAUCGCUUCUCGCUCCACUGAGCAGCCGCACACCCACAGCCUCCCCUCCUCCUCUGCUGCCCGUGAGUCAGUUCAAACAGCUGCAUAGAAGAUGUCUGCUCCUGCCCCUGAUGCUGCACCACCAGCCGGAGCUCCAGGAGCUCCCGGUGCCCCCGGCCCAGAUGGAGCCCCUGGCGGCGGCCCACCUGCCCCACCCAAUACCUCCAGCAACCGCAGGCUACAACAGACACAGGCCCAAGUUGAAGAGGUGGUGGAUAUUAUGCGAGUGAAUGUGGACAAGGUUUUGGAAAGGGACCAGAAGCUCUCAGAGCUGGAUGACAGAGCGGAUGCUCUCCAGGCCGGAGCCUCUCAGUUUGAAAGCUGUGCAGCCAAGCUAAAAAACAAGUACUGGUGGAAGAACUGCAAGAUGAUGAUCAUGAUGGGUAUCAUUGGAGUCAUCGUGGUUGGAAUAAUAUUCUUGUACUUCUUCCACUGAGCUCAUCCCAUCAUUACAGAUGGACAUGGACUUGAAGAUGACUUGAGAAGGAAGAGGGGACAAAAAAAUAAAAAAUAAACCCAAGCACCUCUCUUCCCCUUCCAUCAACCCUCUUUUCCCUCUCUUCACAGUCUUCCAUCAAACCAUCUCGCACUCAAACAUGACAGUAGCAUUCAUAGGUGUCCCUGCUCUGCUCUCUCCCCCUUUCCCCUCCGUCUCGUUGCUUUCUUCCCCUGUUUCUCCAUGAGGUCUCCCUCACUCUCUCCUGUCUCUGCACCUCAUGUUUUAUUGAAGGCUUCAGAUGGCAAGGCGAAAGAGGAAGAAAGAGAGAAGAAGGAGGGGAGGAGGAAAACCCUUAUGAUAACAGGGACACGUGGGGGCUCAGGUCAUCUGAUGAAGUGAUAUGUGGAGAAAUGUACAGAUGACGUGCGGGAAGAUUAAACAAGAGUUUGCAGUCUUUCUACACCACAUACGCCAAAGCUUGUUCAUACAACCUAUUUUGGGAGAUCUACAUUUGUAAUUGAUACUUACACGCCGAACUAACACACUCCUUUUGUCACUACUGCUUCAGUCAUUGCUGCUUACUAACACAUUAGAUGAAGAUUACAAUCAUUUUUGUUGUAUGCCCGUGUGUGUAAUUGUGAAUCAAAGCACUGUAGCUAAUAGCUUUUUCAAGUUUAACUGAUUUUACCAGUACGUUUUUUUCCAUUUCUUGUUCAACUUUCUCGAACUCGGUCUGUUAUUUCUGUGGCAAUGGCAAGAAAAGGGAAAUCCAAAAAAAGGGACAGAGACUGGAUGGAAUUUAAAAGAAAGGGAUAAGAAGAGGCGAUUCAGGGAAAGUUAUGAGUAGAAUUGCAAAAUAUUUUCCAGUAUAAAUAAUUUAAACUUAUUUCAUGACAUAUAGACAGUUUUUGAUGAAGUAGACUUUGUAAAUAUGCUUAAUUUGUACCUGGGUUAUCGUAUGACAGGCGGUGGUCUAGUGGCGGCAUUACGCUCAAUGGCAUAGGUAUAUAGACAAAAAAUACAAAACAAAGCAGUCGCUAACAGACAAUCUAAAAGAUUAUUUGAACGGUCUGCAAUACCUCUGAUGAAGGUCUCUUAACUCUGAUUUGGACAGAAUCACAGCCAUAGACAGAUGAAUGUCUAGCGUCACAAUUCAAGAGUCUUGUUUUGGGAGUUACGCUGUCAAAAAAGUGUUAUUUAAGUUGACCUGAUUUCCAGAAAGCAGGAAGGUGGAAGAGGGGACAGGAAUGGGAAACUGAACCACCUGGCCAUCCCGUCCCCUGCUGACUCAUACAAACAGGCUCGUCUGUUGCCUGCUGCACAUCAACAGCCGAUAAAAGGUGUUCGUUUCUCACCUGCAUGGCAGCCGGUGUCCAUAGUUUUGCCUAUUAGUGUGACCUGUGUGUCUGCCAUUCCUGAAACUUACUGCCGAUUGUAUAUUUUCCUUUGUUAGUGAUUUAAGGACCUGUGUAUAAUGUCUUUCUGAUCAGAUACCUACUGCUUAUGCAAUGUGUAAUGCAACAAGCUCACAAGUUUGCCAAAUUUUGUCAGACUCACAUGCUUCAGAGAGAAAAAAAAAUAUGAAUAUCCUGACACUGCAAACAACCGCUCCUAUAGUGAAUUGUCAAAAAUGUGUAGUACUGUAGUAGUUCCAACCAUAGUACACAUCAGUCAGUUUAUGCUCCUGAAAAAGUAUUUAUAUAAAUCCUUUCAGGUUUUGGGGAGGCUGCUGGUUAGGGGCUAACUGAAGGCUCCUUAUUUUUUCUUGGACUGGUUCUGAAAGUUGAUGAAGCAUUGAAAAUAAAAACAACCUUAUAUUGUAAAUGCAUCACUGCAUACCUGUAGCGCUAAGCCAAUAUUAUCUAAUGAUAUUGUGCGACAAUAUCAUUUGGUGAUUAAAAUGUUUUGUGAUCUGAAAAUAUAGUGAGAGAUGCAACUGGAUUUGCGGGGAAAAAAUGCAUGUUUAUUACUUUUGCUGAUGCCAAUAAAUAAAUCAUGAACUGAA